AUGAAGUUGGCCGUGCUCUGCGUAACGGUAGCUAACGUUAUCGGUGAUUUGCCACCGGGCACGCGACGCAACACGUACCUGCCGCCCGAGCCGACGAAAGGUGGUUACACGUACAAGACGCCGACGGUACCAUUCCCGACGCCCACGCCCACGCGUCCAACCUUCCCCGGGACCAGACCCACGUAUCCUACGGGUCCAACCUUCCCCGGGACCAGACCCACGUACCCCCCUACGCGUCCAACCUACCCCGGGACCAGACCCACGUACCCCCCUACGCGUCCAACCUACCCCGGGACCAGACCCACGUUUCCGGGGCCGGAGAUUACCGGUCAACCGAGCGGCACUAACGGAAAUGCUAUCGGUAUUGAUCACGAUCAUCAUCAUCAUGAACCUGGCAUGCCAUUCGAUUUCAAUUAUGCCGUGAAGGAGGAUGCUUACGGCAACGAUUAUUCUCACAACGCCAUCAGCGACGGCGAAGUCGUCCGUGGUGAAUACAGGAUUCAACUUCCGGACGGCAGAACGCAGGUGGUACGAUACAACGCGGACUGGCAGCACGGUUUCAGCGCGCAGGUUACUUAUGAAGGGAACAUUCGUUACGACAAUGUUCCACGACCAGGCGGAAACUUCCGAGGCUACUAGCUUUAGCGUCGAGUCUAGGGUUGUU